AUGAACGUUGCCAAACUAGCAAGCCAGUCGAGUGUCGCUCUCAACGAGGGCGUUGCGAUAGUCCGAAAGGUCAUCAAGGCCCUUCCUCCCUCGGCUAGUUUCACCACGUCCGAGUUGUACCAACUAGCACUGAAGGAAUCACCUUCCCCUGGUUUCAAGCCUUUCCUGCGCAGGGGAACUAGACCUACUGUCCACGGCAUUGGUCUCCCAUCGUCGAAGCCAGGACCUAAGCCCCCUCACCCGGACCAUCCAAUAUCCUCGAAAACAUUUCUGAAGAGAGAGAUACUCCCAGUGCUAGAGGGUAAACGCGAAAUCAAGCUAGUCGCCGCGCCACGUCUUCCCAGUCGCCCACCCGCACCGCAAAACGGGAAGCAGGGAAAGACUGCACAGAAGCAAGCAAAGAACUCUGCGCCACCACUGCCAGCUUCGUCGGUGUCUGCAUGGGUAUGGAAGCCCGUUGACAAGACUGCACUGCCCGCAGCGCGUAAAGCGUCAGCUGGCUUGGACGGAAUUUCUGCCCGGGAACGGGCGUUGGGUGCCGGAGAGGACUGGUCGCACUUGAGCAAACGGAGACAGAGGGCACGAGUUCGGAAAGUGCAGAUGGAUAUUGAUAAGCUAUCGUUGUAG